CGUGCCUGGCCCUGGCCGGCCAAGAUGGCGGCGUCCUGCGUGGCGCUGCUGGCUUUGUCGCUGCUGCUGCCGGUGCUGCUGCUGGGCGCGUGGAAACGUGGGCGACAGGCGGGCAGGGCCCAGCACGUGGUUGUCGUGGUGUUGGGCGACGUGGGCCGCAGCCCCCGCAUGCAGUACCACGCGCUGUCAUUGGCGCAGAGCGGCUUUUCGGUGACGUUGCUGGGGUUCUACAACUCCAAACCUCGAGAUGAGCUCUUGCAGAAUGAUAGGAUUCAGAUUGUGAAGCUGACAGAACUUCAGAGUCUGGGAGCCGGGCCUCGAAUUCUCCAGUAUGGAGUCAAAGUUGUCUUUCAGGCAGUGUACUUGCUGUGGAAGUUGCUGUGCACAGACCCUGCAGCCUACGUCUUCCUCCAGAACCCCCCUGGUCUGCCUGCCAUCGCAGUCUGCUGGUUUGUGGGCUGCAUUUGUGGGAGCAAACUGGUCAUUGACUGGCACAACUAUGGCUACUCCAUCAUGGGCUUGGUACAUGGCCCCCGGCAUCCCAUUGUGCUGCUGGCCAAAUGGUAUGAGAAGUUCUUUGGGCGCCUGUCCCACCUGAACCUGUGUGUGACCAAUGCUAUGCGGGAGGACCUGGCAGAAAACUGGCGUGUCAGAGCUGUGACUGUCUACGACAAGCCACCAUCUUUCUUUAAGGAGACACCCCUGGAACUGCAGCAUGAGCUCUUUAUGAAGCUGAGCCGCACUUACUCACCUUUCCAGAGCUGCUCAGGGCCCUCGGACCCCAACAUGGAGAGGUCAGCCUUCACUGAGAGGGACUGUCAGAAUGGCGUGGUGAGGCGUCUGGAUGGGCGGCCAGCACUGCUCGUGAGCAGCACUAGCUGGACAGAGGACGAGGACUUCUCCAUCCUGCUGGGAGCAUUAGAAAAAUUUGAGCAACUAACGCUCAGUGAAGACAGCCUUCCUUCCCUCGUCUGUGUGAUAACAGGGAAGGGGCCUCUCAGAGAGCACUACCGCCAUCUCAUUAGCCAGAAGCACCUCAAGCAUGUCCAGUUCUGCACCCCGUGGCUGGAGGCCGAGGACUACCCGCUGCUGCUAGGGUCAGCGGACCUGGGUGUCUGUCUACACAUGUCCUCCAGUGGUCUGGACCUGCCCAUGAAGGUGGUGGAUAUGUUUGGGUGCUGCUUGCCUGUGUGUGCUGUGAACUUCAAGUGUUUGCAUGAGCUCGUAAGACACGGAGAGAAUGGCCUGGUCUUCAGGGAUGCUGAGGAGUUGGCAACUCAGCUACAGAUGCUUUUUUCAAACUUUCCCGACCCUGCUGGAAAGCUAAGCCAGUUCCGGAAGAAGCUCCGGCAGUCUGAGCAGCUGCGAUGGGAUGAGAGCUGGCAGCGGACUGUGCUCCCUUUGGUCACUCACAGAUAACUGCAGGCUGAGGCUAGGGCUCUGACCCUCCAGUGCCCACCCUUCACAGCCAGGGCUUUUGGGUGCCACCUGGUGGCCAGAAGCCUAAGGACAGCAGUAGGCAGUGUCUGGAAAAUGAAUGGUCUGGAAACUGCUUCAUCUGGUGCCUGAGUAGUUAGUCUCUUCUGUACUGAGUACUUUUGUUACUUCUGUGACCCUGACCACUACUCAGAUCCUGGGCUUUGUCUCUGGACCCUCACAUUCCUUGUGUUCUGGUUCUGCUGGGCUGCCAUGAGCUCUGAGAUAUCCUGUGUUCACUGGGCUUGGCUGAGCCAGGCCUCAGCUGUCUGGCAGGAGUCAUACUUGAUAAAUUAUGUUUUUAUUUGUACAGUGGAAA